AGCCCUGUUAAAUAUUUGUUAAAUUUAAACCAUGCAGAUGGUCACUAAACAAUUGAAAUAUGCCUUUAAACCGACCGCUGGUAACCGUGGUGCGGGCCGGACGCCAUAGCUACACGGCGGGACAGCAGUUGCAACAACACCUGGCGAAAUCUGACCAGAUCCUGGAUCCGCCCUCAAAGUUCCGCAACUACCUGGUGCUGCAGGAGCAUGAUCCGGUUUACACAGUCGGACUGCGAACAAAGGAAUACACGGCUGCCGAUGAGGAUCGACUACGCCAGCUGGGAGCGGAUUUUCAUCGCACGGAUCGUGGCGGUCUGAUCACAUUCCACGGACCCGGCCAGUUGGUGGCCUAUCCAAUUUUACACCUGCGCCAAUUUAAAUUGAGUAUGCGCUGGUAUGUGUCCACGCUGGAGCGAAUGGUGAUCGAGACCUGCCGCCAGCUGGGUGUUCCCAGUGCAACCACCACCAAAGACACUGGCAUCUGGGUGGGCGACCACAAGAUCUGUGCUAUCGGCGUCCACGGCUCCCGUUACGUCACAACACACGGCAUCGGCCUCAAUUGCUGCACAGAUAUGAGAUGGUUCGAGCAAAUUGUGCCGUGCGGGAUCGAGGGCAAGGGGGUUACUUCGCUCAGCAAGGAGCUGGACAGGUCUGUCUCCGUCCCGGAAGCCAGUGAAGCGCUUCUUAGCAGCUUUGCCAGCGUUUUUAAGUGCCGCCUGCAAGACCGUGCUGACGACAAACCAGCUGGUGGUGGAGAAAUCAGUUCAACAAUUAAAUAACUUUUAAUAAAUACAUCAUACAAAACGA